AUGGCAAGUAGAAAUCAAGCAUCCACGAUAAAAACAAAUAGAAAUAGUGAUCCAUCGACUGAUAUUAAUGUUUUAUUAAUGGGACAAACAGGUGUUGGAAAAUCAACAUUUAUCAAUGCUUUAGCUAAUUAUUUAUGUAAUGAUACAUUAGAAGAAGUUACUAAUGAUCAAAUGCAAAUUCUUAUUCCAUCA